AUGGAUUACUCACCCAAAAGUGAUUCUCUGGAUCGGGUACAGCUGGAGCAUUUUGACACUGAGCCGUGUUUGAAUGCCAUGGAUGGCAGGAGGGCCCGCCCACCCACCGCCCGACGCGGACCGCCCCCACCACCCCCAACCACCACCCGCCCGCCCACGGAUGCAUCCAGGGACCACUCCCGACCCAAGGAGCAAGGCGCGGGGGCCCGGCACCGCCCCCGGGGAGAGAACCAGCACCGCACCGGACGGGCCCGCACCAGGCGCCGGCCACCAGCAGACGCCGGACCGGACAGUAAUGAGAGCCCACCCAGGCCCGGGCAGACGAGGGAGGCAAGGAGGCGGUGGUACUGCAAGGCAUAUGUCCCGGCGCGCAUCGGGAACCAGGGGACGCGAAGGGCCACCCGCCCGAACCCCAGGAUGGGCCCCACCAACACACAUGAGCGCGGACCGCCACGAGCAGUCAAUCCCCCAUCGGGACCCCCUAGCAGAGGGCCCAUAAACCACAGCCGGUCAGGAGGCAGAACCCCGGCAGGAACCCACAGAGCCCCCAGGGCGCCACCCGGCCCACCCGCCACGGGGCCGCGGGACCCCCCGGACACCGGGAACCCAGCCAAACCACCAUGA